GUUUGAUAACACUAGUUUUACCGCCCGUGUGGACGACAUAACUGGCAGUUUAGCAAGCCGUAUGCAUUAAACUUAUCUCUUUCAAGUCUCAGCCCAUUUCAAGAAGCCAGACAGCCAUGCCACAAGUUUCUAACAAUACCGGAAGGUUAAUGGUUGGAUGGAUAGUCAUGUUUGUAGGAUUAAUCCUCCACAUAGUCGGUCAGGCCAUGCCCUACUGGUUCAGUAACUAUCUCGAUGAAUCCCCUACAAACUUUGGAUUAUGGCAAAUCUGCGAUAGUUUUCGCUGCGUUAGGAUAGCAAUGGACAGUGCGGUCCUAACAUCCAGCUACCAUGUCUGUCGAGCUGCGGCUGUGAUAGGAAUUAUAUUAGGCAUCACUGCAAUGGUCAUGAUGUUUGUCUAUGCGUUCAAGGAACAGCCCAUCUACUCCUUGAUAUCGUCAGUUAUUGGAGUCUUGUCUUGCGUGUUCAUCGCUGUGUGUGUCAGUGUGUGGGCGACACAUGUGUUUGAUACAUCCGGGGACUUUUCAUACUAUGGCGCCUCGUUCUACCUCAGUUUGUUUGGGGGUGUUCUGUUGCUUAAAGGUAGCCUGUGGGUACUUCUUUUCUCUUUGGGACACUACCGUUGGGCAUAUCGGCCCAUUGAAUCAUAUUAGCCACAUGGGAUAUUGCAUAUUAUGGUGACGUAGCUGUACAUUUGGCUAUGAAUUGAUUGAUUAUAAUUCUAUUUACAUCGUAGUGUGGUAUAGAGCUACGUCAUAUAAUACUGUCUUCGAUCUUUUGUAUUUAUAUUUCUGCUAUAUUUUUGUUUUUAUAAAUGAUAUGAUGAAAAAUGUAUAGUUA